UAUAAUUUUAAAUGGUGAUCUGAGGAUUUAUUAAUUUUCUUUUAUGAUGAAACCACCUCCAAGGAUUGCAUGCAUGCCAGUCGAUUGCGUUUCCAUCUAUUCAUUCUUCUGCAAAUGACAGAUUUCUUCCUUCUUUCUCCACUCUGUUUCCUUUGAACCUAAAUUUUUCUCUUUUUUGAUUCAUUUCUGUUUCCUCGAAGUAAAAAAGGAGAAAUGGGGUUUGUUUUUCGUAUGAUUUUGGUUAAUGGGUUUGUAGGAGAACUGUAUAGAUGGGUUUGAUUUUUAGGAGCGUCUCUGAUCUGGGAACGAUUGGGAAUUUCGUUCUUCACUGAUUUAUGGUAGGAGAUGAUAAAGCUUCUUCUUUUUCUUCUUCUUCUUCUUUUUUUUUUUUUGAAGUCUUUCACUUAAUUUAAGAGAAUGUACCUUGUGCAUCUGUGUGUCUCCUGUUUCUGCAAAUGAGGUGUUUGAGAUAUUGCAUCUUCUACUAUGUUAAUGGGUUCUCCUCAAGCUUAGGUUCAUGGUUAAUUUGCUUGCCGUUUCAAGCUUUGGUUUCAACUUUUUUUAAACUUUCCAGGAAGUUUUCUCAGCCAAAAUGAGAAGUUUUUAGUAAGUAUCAGAUUGAAGUAGGGUCAUGGAAACUACAUGCUCAUGUUGAUGGCAAGGAUAGCUAAGAUUCAUUAGCUUCAAUAGUUAAUUUUCAGCUAUUGUGAUUGAUUAGCAAUUGUAAAGGGAACUGUUGGUUUUCCAUAAUCUGUUAAUAAGAUAUUUAUAACUGAUAUGAAAUUAUUUGAUCAGGAAAUUGGUAUGAGGUUGCAAGUUUCAACAUUACUACCUGACUGGGGGGAAUACAAUAAGAUUUACUUGGUGGAGAACAGAUUAUUUAAUUGAACUGAGAAGAAGAUGGCUUCAUUUGAAAAUAGUUAUGCUUCUGAUGAGAAGAAUGAUGUAUGGGCUUGGGAUAAGCAAAUGGAAGCAGAAACUGAGCGGCUUAAGAUUGUGUAUGAGGAAAAGAAAAUGUCAACUCUAUUGGUAAUUCGGCUUGCGUUUCAGAGUCUUGGGGCCAUCUAUGGAGAUAUAGGCACAUCUCCUUUAUAUGUUUUCUACAAUACAUUUCCUGACGGAAUUGAUAAUCGGGAGGACAUCGUUGGAGCUCUGUCAUUGAUUAUAUACUCCCUCAUUCUCAUCCCACUGUUAAAGUAUGUUUUCAUUGUCUGUAGAGCAAACGACAAUGGUCAAGGUGGAACAUUUGCUCUUUAUUCUUUACUUUCUCGGCAUGCAAAUAUAGGGAUCAUUCCUAGCAGAGACCAAGUUGAUGAGAAGCUAACAACGUAUAGCCGUUCUAGAUUCAGUGAAAAUUCAUUUGCUGCAAAGACCAAGCGAUGGUUGGAGGGACAUGCGUGUGCAAAGAAUGCACUUCUUGUUCUUGUCCUUGUUGGCUCUUGCAUGGUGAUUGGUGAUGGAAUUCUUACUCCAGCAAUAUCAGUUUUAUCAGCUGUUGGCGGGAUAAAGAUAGUCUACCCGAAGAUAAGUGAUGAGCUUGUUGUACUUGUAGCUGUUUUGAUAUUAAUUGCUUUGUUCAGCAUCCAGCAUCACGGUAUUGAUAAAGUUAGCAGGCUUUUUUCCCCAAUUCUGCUAACUUGGUUUCUGUUAAUUGGAGGAAUUGGCAUAUUCAACAUUUGGAAAUAUGACAGUGGCAUUCUAAAAGCUUUUUCACCUGUUUACAUGUAUCGAUAUAUGAAAAGAGGAGGGAAAGAGAAUUUCAUCUCACUUGGUGGCAUAAUGCUCAGUAUUACAGGAACUGAGGCCCUUUUUGUCAACCUAUCCAAUAUUUCAGUACCAGCCAUACAAAUCGCGUUCACAGCUAUUGUCUUCCCCUGCCUCCUCCUUGCCUAUUCUGGACAAGCUGCCUACCUUGUGCAAAACUCAAAUCAUGUAGAUAAUUCCUUUUAUCAUUCUAUUCCAGAUGGGUUCUAUUGGCCAAUGCUGGUUGUUGCUACUACAGCUGCUGUUGCUGCAAGUCAAGCUACAAUCUGUGCUACAUUUUCAUUGAUCAAGCAGGCUCUUGCACUGGGCUAUUUUCCUAGAGUUAAAGUUUUGCAUACGUCAAAUAAGUUCCAUAACCAAAUAUACAUUCCAGAUAUGAAUUGGAUCCUUAUGAUUCUUUGUGUUGGUGUAACUGCUACAUUCAAAAACCAAAGCCAAAUUGGUAAUGCUACUGGAACUGCAGUGGUGGCAGUGAUGCUGAUGACCACAUUUCUUAUUAUUUUAAUCAUGCUGUUAGUCUGGCACUGGCAUUGGAUAUUUGUUUUAAUAUUCACUGUGUUAUCGUUAGCGGUAGAGGGUACCUAUUUUUCUGCAGUGCUCUUUAAAGUUAAUCAAGGUGGAUGGGUACCCCUGGUGAUUGCAGCAGCCUUCUUUAUCGUCAUGUGGAUUUGGAAUUAUGGCGCUCAACUACGCUACGAGUCUGAAGUGCAUAGUAAGAUUUCAACCGCAUGGAUUUUAGGACUUGGCCCUAGUUUAGGACUUGCCAGGGUUCCUGGCAUGGGUCUCAUGUACACUGAGCUAGCCAGUGGAAUACCACACAUCUUUUCUCAUCUUAUCACUAAUUUACCUGCCAUCCAUUCUGUUGUAAUUUUUGUGUGUGUCAAAUAUGUUCCUGUCUACAUCGUCCCAGAAGGUGAGAGAUUCAUAGUAACCAGAGUCGGACCCAAGGAAUUCCAUAUGUUCCGUUGCAUUGCAAGAUACGGCUAUAAUGAUCAUCAGAAGAAAGAUGAUGAGUUUGAGACUAAGCUCCUUGACAACCUCUUCAGGUUUGUGAAGCUUGAGUCCUUAAUGGAUGGAGGUUCAGAUUCAGAUUUUGAUGAUUGCAGUACUACGUCCCACGAUGUAGACUUACCAAGUGCUUGUAAUGAAUCAAUUGUGCCUUCCGAAUCUCUUUCUGGGCGGGCCAUUCGGGAGAUUGAAGAGGAGGAAUUAGAGUUCUUGAAAAGGUCUAGAGAUGCUGGAGUUGUCCAUAUACUCGGGAAUACGGUAGUGAAGGCACGGAGGGAUUCAAAUAUUUUUAAGAAGAUAGCUAUUGAUUAUAUGUAUGCGUUUCUCAAGAAGAUGUGCAGGGAGAACAGUGCAAUGUUUUAUGUUCCUCAUGAGAGUCUAUUGAAUGUUGGCCAGAUCAUUUAUGUGUAAGCUCUUUUUUUCCUUUCUUCUUGAAAAGUUUUACAGUGUAGUAUUCUGGUGUGGUGUUCAAUUUAAAUCCCAUCACAUUUUGCUUCUCCAACUCCAUCUGAUUCUCAGAUUUUGUUUCCACAUUGUCAUCAAAAACUCUUCUGUAAUUAUUUCACUAGUAAUUAUACAGACAGAGAGAGGCCCUGUAUCCCAAAAGCUCUCCCUAACACAGUUUAGAGACAGGAGAUUUCACUACUCAGCAAGAAUCAUGGAAUGUAACAGAAGAUAAAGAGUGCUUGAAAUAAAUGAAGCUAAUUCAGAACCUGCAUGAUAGUAAAAUUUAUUUCAUAUCCAUUGCAAUUACAUGACCAUACAUGUCAUGUAAACCUCCAGUUCAAUUCACAAACAGAUCCACACAACGUUCAAAUCCCCAAUUGGCCCUCUUUACCUAUUAUUGAAUUCUGCAAACAGGCUAGUACUGCAUCACUGGAUGCUGCCACAAGGUAAUUACUCUGAAUUUGCAGCCUUUAGAUUAAUACAAAACAAUCUUAGCUAUCAAAGAUUAAAAAGACAAUGUAGCUACGGUAACAUUUCCUUGCAUUCAGUACUCCUAAGAGUCAAAAGGCCACAAAGUCCCCACGGAGAUA